GGCGCGCGGCUCCGGGCAGUUGCCCUUCCCAGGCCGGCGUCGGCGACGCAGUGCGCAGGCCCGGCCGGCGCGUUUCCCCGGGCUACAGCCGGCGCCGCCGCCCGCUCGUCCGCCGCCUUGCGCCAUGGCGGGCUGCGCGGCGCGGGCUCCGCCGGGCUCUGAGGCGCGUCUCAGCCUCGCCACCUUCCUGCUAGGCGCCUCGGUGCUCGCGCUGCCGCUACUCACGCGCGCCGGCCUGCAGGGCCGCACCGGGCUGGCGCUCUACGUGGCCGGGCUCAACGCGCUGCUGCUGCUGCUCUAUCGGCCGCCGCGCUACCAGAUAGCCAUCCGAGCUUGUUUCCUGGGCUUUGUGUUCGGCUGCGGUGUGCUGCUAAGUUUUAGCCAGUCUUCUUGGACUCACUUUGGCUGGUACAUGUGCUCCCUGUCAUUGUUCCAUUAUUCUGAAUACUUGGUGACAGCAGUCAAUAAUCCCAAAAGUCUGUCUUUGGAUUCCUUUCUCCUGAAUCACAGUCUGGAGUAUACAGUUGCUGCUCUUUCUUCUUGGAUAGAGUUCACACUUGAAAACAUUUUUUGGCCAGAACUGAAGCAGAUCACCUGGCUCAGCAUCACGGGACUGCUGAUGGUGGUCUUUGGAGAAUGUCUGAGGAAGGCGGCCAUGUUUACAGCUGGCUCCAAUUUCAACCACGUGGUGCAGAAUGAAAAAUCAGAUACCCAUACUCUGGUGACCAGUGGAGUAUACGCUUGGUUCCGGCAUCCUUCUUACGUCGGGUGGUUUUACUGGAGUAUUGGAACUCAGUCACUCUUCUGGAAUGUCUCUUGAGACCAAGCGGUCAGAAGGCCUGAGGACCCAAGGCCCCACUGGAGCAGCCUGUCCUUGUGCUGAAUCAAGGUGGAACGUGGGUGAAAUACCAGUAAGAGGCAAAUCACAGCAAUAUUCCACAGCGCCCUCCAGAGUGACCUGGGGAGAACCGAGGCCACACGCCACUGCCCCCGAGGCCAGAGUGUAAGUAAAGGAUAGCCAGGACUCCCUGGGAGAGACGGACUCUGUCCUCAGCAACACUUCCACAGCAGAAAGGGGUAGCGGGUACCCUGCUUGUCAGCAUUAAAAAUGCAUUUACAACCUUUCAUUUAACCGAAAAACAAACCGCUUUAACCUCUUUAUUUCUGUCCCCACUGCAUGAACAUCUAGACAGUUUUAAAGAUACUUCCUCCUAGGAUGCUUUGGCCCUUCAUCUAUUUAAUCGUAGCUACAUAUCUAUUUUUUAUAAAUAGCAGUACACCUUCCAAGGGGACUCGCUUGGUGUUCCUAGCUCAACUUUUAUCCUGCAGCAAGUAAGCCUAGAUACCUCCACACGACUUGGCCGAGUGGGUUUGUGUGACCAUGGCCCCGGCCAGCUUUCCUGGGGGUCCUGGCUCCUGUUGUCAGUGACAGGCAGCUCAAAGGAGCGUCAGUUUCUCUUGAUCCAAGAAGUGCUUACCAAAUGCCUGCUGUGUGCACAGCGUUAAACACUGGGAAGUGCUGCUCUCCGUUUUUUGGGGAUUUGAUUCUCAUUUUACCAUAGCUUAUGUUCUCAAUUUCAAUGUAAAUCUCAGAACUCUUGUUUUCUGUGUUCUGUUCUCAAAAUUACAUUGUCCCUCAUGUCAUUUCAAACUGUUUUCCAAAGGGGUUUAAGCAUAUACAACGACAAAUCCAAGCAGAUUGACUCUCAAAAAUAAUCUUCAAUAGUGCAAAUAGUCCCAGCCAAGAUUCAGUCAAUAUGUUUGUUUUGCAAGUUUGGGAGAGCAGUUGGCUUUGAGUCACACAUCGAAGCUUUAAGAGGUGAGACGCUGGCUUCAUUCUGGACAAGACAGGAACUUGGCCUCAGUGUGAGAUCCUGCCACGCGGUGUUGCGGUGGCCUGAUGAAGUGUGAAUGUGAAGGCGGCGGCGGCGCGGGUCCAGAGCACCACUCUGUCGCCCCACCACGCAGCUUGUGAGGAGCCACUAAACCUUUCCGUGCCUAGACCUCCCCAUCUGUGGAAUGGGGUCAAUACCACCUACCUCACAGGGAUGUUGUGAGGACUGAGAAUAACAAUGUCAAAUGUUUUUAAUGCUCAGAUGCAGGGGUGACAUCACUGAAAUCUGUACUGUAAAAAGCUACACAGACAUGGGCAGACAUUUGGUUCAUUGUGCCAGAUACCUAAAAUGUAUGUUCAGAAAAGCAUUUUAUCAACUAAGAAAUACGACUUAUUUCUAGAUUUCAUGGCUUAAUGAAUUUUUUCAUUGUUAUAUAUACCAAAGAGGCUUACGGGUUCAUUGAUUACUAGUGUGACACCUGCUGGUUUGAAAAUCAGACAGACUUGCCCAUUGGCCCUCAAAACAGGCGUGCGGUGGGACUCUAGCCGAGGCGGUGGCCGAGCCAUCAGUAGAAUCUCUCUGGAGUCAAGGAUCCCCGGUGGGACAUCGACUGGCACUUGCUCUGUUUGGGAACUUGAGUUGAAUUGGUUCUAAAGUUGUCCUUUAGACCAUGCCUAGGGCAGCAAAUUCCACUUCCGAGAACUGCAAACUGGGAGAGGAUGGCAGCCUGCCCCAGCUCUUUGAGGGAAAGUUCUUUCCCCCGUAUCUAAGUGGCAUGGGGCUACUUGUUGAUAAGUCUGGGGCAGCUGUUGGCAGCCCCUGGCCUUGUGGAUGCUAAGACUGAUAGUGUUGGCAUUUAAUACCAUCCUCCAUCUGCCAGAGGCCAGAAAGCCCACCUUCACGCCAGGCCCAUCAGCUGGAAGGAACCCAGGAGGCAGGUCUUACGGUUUCACAGUGAAAUGCUGCCCAACACUAGGGGAAACGUGACAUCGUAGCCUGCUUUAAAGAGGAAUUCCAGGGGUGGGGAUGGUGAGAGAACAUUUCCACCCUCCUUACAAUCCCAGGGCAGGAGUCAGCAAUUGCUUAGGGAUAAAAGAUGAACUCCCUGAGGGCAGGAUUUGGUAAGUGAUUGACUUCUUUUUACUUCCAUGAUCUGGAGAUUAUUUUUAGCUUUAUAAAUUCAGCAGUGGCAGGGCCUGCGGCAGAGAAUCAGGUUAAUGAGGUAAAGGCUUUUCUGGGUAUUUGCUGCAAGGCCACAUCACCAAUUUUCUCAUUUAAAAAGCUGUCAAGAGAUUUAUUUUUCCAUUGCAGGUUUUAAAGUAGAGAUUCUUAAAUGGAAAAUAGGUACUGCCCAGCACAAAGCUACUUGGAAAGAGCAUAAAGUGAAGCCUUUCGUGAGGGCUUGCAGGCUGCUGCUGAGUGGCAGUUUACAGAAGAGGUCGCGGGGUGAGCCUCUUAGCAGGACAGAAAACAAGGCAGUGGCCCACCUGCCACCCCUUUGCUGGUGAGAGCUGCUCCUUAAGCCUAAAAAGUAGGCUUUACUCAUCCCUUCUGUUUCUAUACCAACCUGGGGGGUUGAUUCGAUGGGGAAAACUCCUGAACUAGGAAGUUCAGGCUUAGUAAGAUCUUGGCCACGGCUGGCUGCUAGCAGUCCCCUCACGACAGGCACAGCACACCACUGUCCUUUCGCUGCACUUUCUUCCUGCCUUAGGUAGUUGGGCUUGCCCACCAUAGUUUGCUUUUGUAGUGGUUUGGCAAGGUUUGAAGAUCUUGACCUCUCUGUCGUGGUGGGAAGUGCUUAUUCUCUGGGUGCCUGCUGCAGAAGACAUGGCACCUGCCAUGGGUUUGGAAGACCCGGCCAUCUGCAGUAGAGGCGAUGUAUCCCAUUGCAAAGAGAGGAACUUAAUGGAGUAAUUAUUCUACUCUUCUUUUUACAUACAGAAAUGUUUAUUUAAAUAUUCUAAAUUGGAUUUUCUUUCACAGAUACUGAUUAUUCUUUCCAGUUCUUAAAUAAAUAAAACUGCACUUGAUUUCACUC